GGAAGAUCAGCCCGAUCACUGGAAGGGAAAAUCUGAGUAGAGUUUGGCAGUGGGUUGCUGCAUUCAUCGGAAGAUAAAAUCUUUUGAGCUUAAGGAGAUCACUCCGUAAAUGGGAAAGUAAACGGUGGGAAGGGCCUCAUUGGAGGCAGCAUGGGGCAGGCCUUGAGUUUUGGCCUGACACAGUACGAUGUUGAGGAGUUGAAGGACUAUUGUGACGGUCGAUUUACACAGUCUGAGAUCGAGGGCCUCUACAGGAGAUUUCGAGCUUUGGAUCGGGGCAGGAAGGGUUUCAUUUCUUCGGAGGAAUUCUCCAGUAUACCAGAGCUCAGUAUCAAUCCUCUCCAUUCCCGGAUGGGACAGAUGUUCAAUCACGUCAACUUCAAGGAGUUUGCCCUUGCACUCAAAGCCAGCAGCAAGCGGGCGAGCAGGGAAGAUAAGCUUCGAGUGAUCUUCUCCCUCUUUGAUGUCGACAAUGAUGGCAUCUUGUCCCCAGCAGACUUGGAGCUGAUGAUUCGCCAGCUCGCUGGCAGCUCCCUCUCGGAGGAGGAUGUGAAACUUGUUAUGGAGAUGGCUCUGAAAGAGGCGAAUGCCUCGGAUGCGGGUCUCACCUUCGAAGAUGUGGCAAAAGCACUGGAGGGCAGUGAGCUGAGAAUGGAGGUGGAGAUGCCUGUAGACUACUGAGAGAGAGCGACAGUGAUUUAACUGUGACAGCCACUCGCGGGCCUGCAACAGUUGGGGUCAGGAUAUGCCUUUGAAGCUCAUUACACUGGUGCCACCAUCCUGCUCCCAGUUCAGGGCAGGAAUAUUCAUUAUGGGUCGCCAUGGCUUACAGCUAGAUUUACACGAACAACACCUGGAACAGUGGCCACAUGGAGCUGGUGUCUGUUCUUAGCAGGUACCCUUAGGAGAUGCUUCUAUGUGAUUGACUUAAGUUAGUGUUGACAUCACCAGCCAGCUUUCACUUGUGUACAAUAGAGAAUCCUUGCAACUACUGCUGAAAGUUCUGGCGAUGCGCAGUGCAUCAUGCUGACUCAUACAGAUCCGAGCUGUAUGAGUCUGUAUGGCUUUUGCACUGUGUUCGGCAAUCCAAUGAAAAUGUUGUGAUCAGUGACUGCCGUUUGCACGAUAUGGUAAGACAAGCCGGCCUGGUGAAACGAGAUCUUUAUGC